UAUUUGAGGGGGGCAGUGGUGGAGGCAUGUAUUUUAGACAACAAGUGAGCUGGGAGGAGCGCAGACUGUAUGCGCGCAGAGUGUGUAUUGAUCUGACUGUGUGUCCUGCAUAGCUUGCACUCCCCCGCUGUGUAGGCAGCGCAAUUCUGCAGCAUAUCAGGAAGGGGGGAAAAAAAGCAUUUGUGCAGUGAUGUAGAGAGAGAGAGAGAGAAUCAACUGUUGACUGUGAUGCAAGCGUCUAGCAUUCCCUCCGCUGAGCUGGAGACGUGGGUCUGGCUGAGGAUGGUCGGACAUGGCCUGCUUUCUAAUCAGGACAGAGGCCGGCGGGGAGGAUUUUACUGGAGAAACUAGAUACCAGCCUUCCACUUCAAAGACAUCCAAGCAAUCACCAGCCUCCGGCACCUCUCCCGUUGGUGGACAGGCGGUACAACUGUGCCAGGCCCAGGACCAACCUAGCCCCUGUGACCGAGCCCACACUCCCCAAGCCUCCGGCUGCCCCCUAGAGGGGGAGGAGGCCCAGACAGGCUCCCCAGGUGAGCGGGAAAACCCAGUGGCCGACCAAACANCCCCCCUUGCUGAGGCUGGGGAAGGUGGCACGGGGGUCAAGAAAAAACGGAAGAAAAAAGAGCCAAAGGAAGAGGGCAAUGAGAAAGCAACCAGCGAGAAGGAGCCCAAACCAAAGAAGAAGAAAAGGGAGGCAAAAGAGGGGAAGAAGUGUAAGGAGGUGAAGGAACUUAAAGGGGAGAAGGGACUCAAAGAGACGAAAGAGCCUAAGGAGGGCAAGAGGCCAAAGGGGGCCAAAGGUGCCAAGGAGCCCAAAGCGAGCCCGGACUCCAAAAAUCCCACCCCGGAGCCUAAAUGUAAAGCCAGCAGCACAACAAGAGCCAAGGGCAGCAAGAGAACCAGCAAAGAGCAGGGACCAACGCUGCCCGGGAAGAAGAAAAAAGGGAAAAGGAAAAAUGAGGCUGCUGUGGAGAGCUCUGAGCUGGAGGCCACAGCCACCACAACUGAGGAGCUGACAGAUGCUCAGAAGCGACGAUCAGGCCGGCAAGUAAAGCGAAGGAAGUACAAUGAAGACAUGGACUUCAAAGUUGUCGAUGACGACGGUGAAACAAUUGCCGUUCUGGGAGCAGGGAAGAUCUCGCCGAGCUCUGGCUCCUCACAGAAAGGAACCCAGACCACGCAGGAGAGCCAGGAGGAGGAUGAGUCUGCGGUGAUUGAGAAGAUCCUGAACAUGCGAAUGGUGCAGAAGGAGCUGGUUGCAGGCGGGACGCCGACGGAGGUGGAAGAAUUCUACGUCAAAUACAGGAAUUACUCCUACCUGCACUGUAAGUGGGCCACGGUGGAGGAGCUGGAGAAAGACAAGAGGAUUCACCAGAAGAUCAAACGCUUCAGGACCAAGCUCGCACAAAUGAAGCACCUUUUUCUUGAGACUGACGACGAACCCUUUAAUCCGGAUUACGUUGAAGUGGAUCGGAUUCUGGAUGUGGCACACACGAUCGAUACAGAGACUGGGGAGGUGGGUACAGAUCCGGUGAUUCACUACCUGGUGAAGUGGUGUUCGUUGCCCUAUGAGGAGAGCACAUGGGAGCUGGUGGAGGACAUUGAUCCGGUUAAAAUCCAGGACUAUGAGCUGCUGCAGAUCAUGCCUGAAGUUACCAACGGGGAUCGUCCCAUUCCCGAAUCCUGGCAGAAACUGGACGGCUCGCGAGAUUAUAGAAACGAAAAUGAACUCAGGGAAUAUCAGCUGGAGGGAAUGAACUGGCUGCUCUUCAACUGGUACAACAGAAAAAACUGCAUUCUGGCAGAUGAAAUGGGUCUGGGCAAGACAAUCCAAUCCAUAACCUUUCUGUAUGAGAUAUACCUGAAGGGAAUGCGAGGGCCUUUCCUCAUUAUUGCCCCUCUCUCCACAAUAGCCAACUGGGAGCGGGAGUUCCGCACCUGGACGGAGAUCAACGUGAUUGUGUACCACGGCAGCCAGAUCAGCCGCCAGAUGAUCCAUCAAUAUGAGAUGCACUAUAAGGACACUGAGGGGGCUCCUAUUCAGGGCAUUUUUAAGUUCAGUGCCAUCAUCACUACCUUUGAGAUGAUCCUGGCCGACUGCCCAGAGCUGCGUAAGAUCCAGUGGCGCUGUGUGAUCAUCGACGAGGCACACCGGCUGAAGAACAAGAACUGCAAGCUGCUGGAGGGCCUGAAGCUGAUGGGAUUGGAACACAAGGUGCUGCUGACUGGAACACCUCUGCAGAACACAGUGGAAGAGCUCUUUAGUUUGCUAAAUUUCCUGGAGCCGACACAUUUCCCAUCCGAGAACACCUUCCUGGAGGAGUUCGGGGACCUGAAGACCGAUGAGCAGGUGAAGAAGCUGCAGGCGGUGCUGAAGCCAAUGAUGUUGCGGAGACUGAAGGACGACGUGGAGAAGAACCUGGCGCCCAAGGAGGAGACCAUCAUUGAGGUGGAACUGACCAACAUCCAGAAGAAAUACUACAGAGCCAUUCUGGAGAGGAACUUCUCCUUCUUGGCAAAGGGAGCCAACCAGGCCAACAUGCCCAACCUCCUGAACACCAUGAUGGAGCUGAGGAAGUGUUGUAAUCACCCCUAUCUGAUCAAUGGUGCCGAGGAGAAGAUUCUGGAUGAAUUCCGGGAAGUGCGCAGUCCCGAGGCUCCGGACUACCAGCUGCAGGCCAUGAUCCAGGCAGCGGGGAAACUCGUGCUCAUCGACAAGCUUUUGCCCAAACUCAUCGCCGGAGGCCACAAGGUCCUGAUCUUUUCCCAGAUGGUUCGUUGCCUGGAUAUCUUGGAGGAUUACCUUAUCCACAGACGGUAUACAUAUGAGCGUAUUGAUGGCCGAGUGCGGGGGAAUCUCAGACAGGCAGCGAUUGACCGAUUCUCCAAGCCGGACUCUGACCGCUUUGUGUUCCUGCUGUGUACGCGGGCAGGGGGUCUGGGGAUCAACCUGACCGCAGCCGACACCUGCAUCAUCUUCGACUCUGAUUGGAACCCACAGAAUGACCUGCAGGCCCAGGCUCGGUGUCACCGGAUCGGCCAGAGCAAGGCGGUGCAGGUUUACCGGCUGAUCACCCGCAACUCGUACGAGCGAGAGAUGUUCGACAAGGCCAGCCUGAAGCUGGGGCUGGACCGGGCCGUGCUGCAGGCCAUGAACCGCAGAGGGAGCACCAAUGGGGUACAGCCGCUCUCCAAGAUCGAGGUGGAAGAUCUCCUUCGCAAGGGAGCAUAUGGGGCGCUGAUGGACGAAGAGGACGAAGGGUCCAAGUUUUGCGAAGAGGAUAUUGACCAGAUUCUCCUGAGGAGAACUCGCACCAUCACCAUCGAGUCGGAAGGGAAAGGCUCCACAUUCGCCAAGGCGAGCUUCGUGGCAUCAGGCAACAGGACGGACAUUUCGUUGGAUGAUCCCAACUUCUGGCAGAAAUGGGCCAAAAUUGCAGAACUGGAGAUUGAAUCUAAGAAUGGGAAGGACAGCCUGGUGAUUGACACGCCGCGGGUCCGGAAACAGACCAAACACUACAACUCAUUUGAAGACGACGAGCUGAUGGAGUUCUCAGAACUGGACAGCGACACCGAGGACAGGCCCUGCCGCUCGCGCCGGCUCCAUGACAAGACUCGCCGCUACCUGCGGGCAGAGUGCUUCCGGGUGGAGAAGAAUCUACUGAUAUUUGGCUGGGGCCGGUGGAAAGACAUCUUGUCACAUGGGCGGUUUAAGUGGCAUCUGAGUGAGAAGGACAUGGAGACUAUCUGCCGCACGCUGCUGGUUUACUGCCUCAAACACUACAAGGGUGAUGAGAAGAUCAAGAGCUUUAUCUGGGACCUCAUCACCCCCACCAAGGACGGGCAGAACCAGGCCCUGCACAACCACUCAGGGCUUUCGGCUCCUGUGCCCAGGGGGAGGAAAGGAAAGAAAGUGAAGACUCCGCUCUCUCAGCCUGAGGUGAAGAACGCCGACUGGGUGGCCAGCUGUAACCCUGACGUAUUGUUCCACGACGACGGCUACAAGAAACAUCUCAAACAGCACUGCAACAAGGUGCUACUCAGAGUGCGGAUGCUGUACUACCUCAAACAGGAAGUGUUGGGAGAAGCCGCGGACAAGGCUUUGGAGGGAACCGACGCCGGGAAGCUGGAUGUGUGGAUUCCUGAAGCCGAUUACACAGACAUCCCAGUUGAGUGGUGGGAUGGAGACGCUGACAAAUCCUUGUUGAUGGGAGUCUAUAAACAUGGUUAUGAGAGGUACAACGCCAUGAGAGCAGACCCAUCCCUGUGCUUCCUGGACCGGGUGGGCAUGCCUGACGAGACGUCGCUGGCCGCAGAGCAAGGGGGCAUCGACCUGACGGCAGACAUGGCUGAGGGAGCUGAUCUGUGCAAAGCCGACGAGUUGGAAUUGAAGUCCGAGAGCAGAGUGUUCAAAGACCAGCCCGAUGAGGACACCAGCUCCUGCACAGAGUCUGGGACCAUGGAGAAAGGAGACGACUCUGUUACAGCCCAGGACGGGGCAGACACAGAUAGACCACAGUGGCCAGUGGCCUCGGUGCUCACAGCCCGGCUCCGGCGGCUCAUCACCACCUACCAACGCUGCAACCGCAAGGAGCUGGUGAGGAUGGAGUCAUUGGCUCGGAAUAACCGGCGGCGCUGGUUCCCGCAGGAGGAGAUCUGGGGCAGGAUCCCCGAGAUGGAAGCUGUUACCAUGGACCCACAGCGGUGGACGAGGCGGGAGCAGACUGAUUUCUAUCGUGUUGUCUCCACCUUUGGCAUCGUGUAUGAUCCCGACAAGAAGCUGUUUGACUGGAACCAAUUCCGCAGCUUUGCCCGGCUGGAGCGCAAGACUGACCAGAGCCUGGAGCGUUACUUUCACGGUUUUGUGGCCAUGUGCCGGGGUGUGUGCCGGCUGCCAGUCAGGAAAGAGCCCUCAGAUGCCGGCAUCUUUGUUGAGCCUAUCACCGAGGAGCGUGCCUCACGGACACUGUAUCGUAUCGAGCUGCUGCGUAAGUUGCGUGAGCAGGUCUUGCGUCAUCCACACAUGGAGGAAAGACUGAAGCUGUGUCGGCCCAGUCUGUACCUGCCGGUGUGGUGGGAGUGCAGCAAGCACGACCGGGACCUCCUGCUGGGGGCAGCCAAACACGGCCUGAGCCGAACUGACUACUACAUCCUUAACGACAACCAGCUCUCUUUCCGCGAAGCUCACCGCAAUUAUGUGCAGAACGGCAACACCUACUACCAUAGCGUGCCCGCCCCGUACAGCCAGUCCUCGCUCAACCCCAGCCAGUCAGCCUCGCCCGCCUCCACCGUGCCCACGCUGGGCGAUAAGGACACCCAGGAGCAGACAGACGCCGAGCAGGAGAAGGCGGACGAGACGCUGGAAGACGGGUGUCCUGAGCCCGGCCUGGAAAUCAAGAGCGAGGGGGAAGGGGCAGCUCAGAUCUGUGAGAAGCCUCCGGAGUACGGUGUGGCCGGCUGUGACCUGGACUUCCACGGUCAGUGUGAGCCAGUCAGCGAUGUGGCCAGCGACUCUGCCCCAAGCCCGCUAGCUGUGUCCUGUCCCGAAUCACCGGGAAGCAUGUCAGAGAUACCAGCCGAGGGCGUGAGGCACUCGCAGAUGGACCUGAACAACGGGGAGACGGCAAUGGAGGCGGUGACCAGUGGCACGAGGGAGGUGCUGGACAGCGUGGAGCAGCUGGGGGCCAAGGUGGAAGCCGAGAACGGGCACAGAGAGAGUGACUGCUCUCGAGCGUCACCGCCACCGGCUACCAACACGGCACAGCCGGGUGAGGAAACCACUGCCGGCGGGGAGGAGGAAGGGAGCAAAUCCCCAAACCUGGGGUGGCCUGCUGCUGGGAAUUCCAAUCCAGGAAUUGUGCCGGGAGCAGCCAAGCCGGAGCUCGAUUCCGAUUCCUCACCGGCUGUUCUUGACGACACAGACCGUGAGCCAUGCGGUGAGCCAGGCCAGCAUAGCAGCCUGGAGGAGGAGGAGCAGAGUGUGGCUGGGCCAGGGUCGGAGUCCGGCAGUGAUCGGCUGGAGCUGGACAAUCCUGACCCGGCGUUGCCAGCCUUCCCGAGUAGCCACUCCCUGGGCAGUGAGGACCCAGUCUCCCCCGCUUCCACCCUCGCCAUCACACACAUCAAACAGGAACUGAAGCUCGGCCGCGGUCUGGGGGGCAACGUGAAGGAGGUCAGCAGCCCCCGCGACUCGGAGGAGAAGUCAGAGGACGGGUCACAGCCAGAAGUGCUGCCGCUGAAGAGCUUUGACGAAGAGAGCAACACAUCAGCCAGCCUUGCACAGGAUGAGCUGCAGGACUGCCUGGUACAGGAGGCCCGAGAGCCCACCAUUGCUCAGCUCCUACAGGAGAAGACACUGUACUCGUCCGCAGAGUGGCCGAAGGAUCGGGUUAUCAUUAACCGCAUCGACAAUAUUUGCCACGUGGUGCUGAAAGGCAAGUGGCCCUCGGCACAGCAGCAGAACCUGGAGCCUCAGGGAGUGGUGUACUCCGUGAGCUCCCCACCCGACAGCCUGAACCUCAGCAACUAUCUGAGCAUCCCAGUACAGGCCGCCUCGGGGCUGAGCUUCCCUGACACACACUCCAACCCUCACCCGCUCACCAAGGAGAGUUUGCUGAACAUGGCAUUCCCGAGGGACCAGCGGAGGCGGAGGAGGAAGUACGAGUUUGAGACGGAGCGAGGAGCGAAGAGGAAGAGCCUGGAGGAGGUGGGGCUGCUCGCUGGCCGCUCUCACCUGUCUCUGAACGGCUGGCAGGACACCGCCAUGGACCUGUCCAAGGCCUCCGAGGAGGUACUGGGCUCCGUACCUGUCAUCAUCAGUGGCCCCAAACUGGCCCCGCUUGACCCGGCCGGCACCAUCCGCACAGACAUGGCCGGCAUCUUGCAGGCCGGCCUCAUCCACCCCGUCACCGGGCAGGUCAUCAACGGGGCUCUGAGGGGCGAAGACGCUCGUAGGAGGAGGGGGCGAAGGAAGAACGUGGAGGGGCUGGACAUCCUGUUCAUGAAGGAGAAAAAACCUGAGGCUCUGGAGGUGGAGGUUAUGCGGCAGCCGUUCUCCACUGUGGGUCACGCCUCGGGGAUGAUGAUCAAGCUGCCGGUGGAGAAGCAGCGAGCGCAGAGCGAGGAGGAGCAGAAAAACAAGAGUAUGAUCGAAUGGCUCCGGCAGCAUCCCACAUACACUAUGGACGUGUCCAGCUUCACCCCGAACUGUGCAGCCAUUAUCCACGGCAUUUCAGACCGGCCCAAACAGCGAAGACAUCGGUGCAAGGACCCCAGCAAAUUGGACAUCAACACACUGACCGGGGAGGAAAGGGUCCCAGUCAUCCACAGGGGAAGCGGCAGGAAGUUGGGUGGGGCCAUGGCUCCGCUGAUGAAGGAACUGGCCCGGUGGCUGGACGGCAACCCAGACUACGCGGUGGCACCGGAGUGGGCGGAGAUCGUCAAGCACUCGGGAUUUCUGCCAGAAACCAAGUUUAAUCGUAUCCUGACGGAGCCGGUGGUGAAAGAGGCUGGGAGCAGGAAGAGGGGUCGGCGUCCGCGGAGCGAGGUGGCCAGGGGUGGAGUGGGCCUGACAGAGACAGCCUCCGCCAUGGGGCCAGUCUUCAUGAACGGGCUGAUCGCCGGAAUGGACCUGGUGAACCUGCAGAGCCUGAGGAACGUUCACAACCUGCAGCUGGCCGGCCUCAUGGGCUUCCCGGCCGGCUUUGCCGCCAUCCCUGCUGGCGAGGAGACCAAGAACAGCCUGAGCAUGCUGCCCAUGAUGGGGGUGGCCGGCAUGUCCCACAUGUUCGGGGUAGGGGGGCUGCUGAGCACCCACCCACCUGCUUCCAGCUCCUCCACCCUCAGCACCUUGCGGUCCGUCGCGGCGUCGAAGGAGCAUUUGGGGGGUGAGGAACCAGCCAAGCAUAAAGAGGGGUCUUCGGGGGACAAGCCUGGCCCCAGCUCGCACUUCCCUGACCCUAGCGAAGCCCGUGUGACCACCAGCAACCCCUUGUCCUUCAAUCCCUUCCUGCUCCAUGGCAUGCCGGCCGGAUUGAUCUACCCCUCCAUGUUCCUGCCUCACGGCAUCGGCAUGGCCAUGACCAGCUUUCCGCAGCCCGCUGGCCGAGCCGAGGGCGACAGCGCAGAGAGCCCCAAGAAGAAGCGGAAAAAGGCCAGGGAGGAGCCGGUGGGGACUGAGGUGCAGGAGGCGAGCGCCCAGGACAGCACAGAGAAAGCCGUCACCUCUCCUGCGGUGCAGGGGACUGAGAGAGACUCGGCCCAGGGACUGGCCGACAACACUGAAUAGAGUUUCAAUUCUGUUUUCGGUCGAUUUUAGGGUAUUUCCUUUUUUUUCUUGAUUUUUUUUGAAGUUGACCCCACAUUUCUGACUCUUCUCUCCUCCGAACCCCUUUCUUCCCCCAGCUCACACACCCCCACCCACACCUCACUCACACCCCACCCACACUCACACCCCCCACCCACGCUGUGGCAAUGCUGUGUGGGCUGGUCACUGGCUACCUUAUGCAAAACUAAAGCCACUUCUGUUGUUUGCCUGGAAAUUGAAGCGUGCUGAUCGGCUUGAGAGAGGGGGUGAGUGACAGAGAGAGAGGAUUAUGCACAUUUUACCCCAAAGCAUCAGAAGUAAGGUCAUUAGCGUUGUGUUCGAGGGCUGAGCUCUGAAUGUAGAUUGAUGCCUUUUUGCUCUAGUUUUCCAUCAGUAUUUCCUACCCACAACCGGGUUCCCCCACCCUUGUUCAGCCUCUAACCAUACGUGGGGUAUCGAGGGCCUGUGCGCUCUUACCCCGUUGGUGGAAUGUGACACACAGGUGCCCGGUGACCGAGCGAGGGUCCCAGCAAACACAUGCUUGGUUUUAUAAGUUUUAUUUGAAUUUUAUGAGUAUGGGCAGUCUGGGCGGUUGUGGUGAGCCGUGUGUUAAUGGCACCGUUGCUCUCCUCAGGUCACAGCCUUUUCUAAACGGUCACAGGUGUGAAC